UACAAACGGCUACAAUGGCUAUUUUAAGUAGUGCGUCUGAGAACAGCCCGCAUGAUCGGAUCCUACAUUGUGUUCGAGAGCAAAUAAUGUGUGUUUCUUACGGAUAUAUAUGCUUUACGGGAAUGCCUAGUGCCAGAAUCGUCCAACGUUCAGAGUUUUCUCGAGGAUUGAAUUUAUUUUUAUAUGGGAUACAGCUGACGAUAGUGUGAUAAUUGAAUGCCACGCUGCGGACGUGAACGAGCCACCUUUGCAACAUGAACGAAUCGAACAGCACCGACCUCAACGCGUCGGUCACCGACGGUCCGUUUGGCGGCACGUACUUCGAGCAUCCGCUGCUCAAGGCUUUCAUCUGCGCCAUGUACGCCGUAAUCUUUCUCGUCGGCACCUCGGGAAACUUCCUCGUCUGCUUCGUCGUCUACCGCAAGCAGAACAUGCAGACGGUAACGAACAUCUUCAUCACGAAUCUGGCCAUCUCGGACAUGUGCCAGUGCAUACUCUCGGUGCCUUUCACGCCGCUCUCCGGCUACAUGCGCUCGUGGGUCUUCGGUCGCGUGCUCUGCCACGUCGUCCCGAUGGUGUCCGGAGUCGGUGUGUUCGUGUCGACGCUCACGCUGACUGCAAUCGCCCUCGACCGUUACAUCGUCAUCUGCUACCCGUUCAAGCCUCGCAUGCGAAUGUGCACGUGCUUGCUAGUGAUAUUCUGCAUCUGGUGCGUCAGCGUCAGCUUCUCACUGCCGAUCGGCCUGCACAUGGUGCUGACGCCCGACAACCAAUGCAACGAGGAGUGGCCCGACCAGGCGCAGAAGAUCUACACGAUCUGCAGCUUCGCCUUGCAGUUCGUCAUUCCGCUGACCGUCAUCUCGUUCUGCUACAUUCGCGUGUCGCUGAAACUCAGCCGACAGGCGAAGAAGCACGUUGGCCAGCGCUCGUCGAAGCGCGAAGAGCAGGACCUGAAGCGCAAGGCGCGGCUGAACCGCAUGCUAAUCGCGAUGGUGGUGAUGUUCGGAGUGUGCUGGCUUCCGCUCGACAUGAUACAUCUCCUCAUGUUCGCGCUCGGCGAACCGUUCACCCAGUGGCGCUACUUUCUCAUCGUGUUUCUAGUGUGGCACAUGCUCGCGAUGAGCCAGACCUGCUACAACCCGCUGCUCUACUCGUGGCUGAACGAGAACUUCCGUAAGGAGUUCAAGGACGUGCUGCCGUGCUUUUCGACGAACGACGGCCAACGCGACCGGAGAUCAAACUCCACCUAUAUACAGACAACUGCGUGCAAUGGCAGCUCCCCGCAACCAAACCAUAGCCUUCUGCAGCCAGGGGCAUGCUGCGACGAGGAGAUCAUAAAGCCGAACAAGGCCGUCUAUCACGUAAACGAAGGCAAAGUAACGCUUAAAAAUGCAGACGAGAACUAAUGUGAAAGUCAGGAGUCAGAGCACGGCAUAGUGAAUUAGUAUCGUAGGGUUGUAAUCUAUAUAGUGUAAGCGACGAUGAUGGCGAUUCUAUAAAUAUUCCUGCCGUAUUUUGCUUGGUAAACAUUCAGCAUUGCACCACAAAAGAGGAAAGUCGAGAGAAAUCAUUGUGUAUAAAUGCAUGUAUACUUCGUUCUUCUAUAAUGAGGCUUUGUACCUAACAUUAUAUGAAUAACAGCGACUGUCACUUAGCCUAUACUUAGUAGACUACGAGUGGUACUAAUAAUAGACGCGGCUAGUUAAAUAGUAAAAGCAGAAAUUUAAUUUGUUAUAAUAAUGUUCAUAAUGUUUGGGUGUAAUGUUUAUCUGUUUUUAAGCUAACAUAUAUAGCACGGAUGUAUUAUACUGAGCAUAAUUUCAGGAUCAUAUAUGAAUAAAUAUUAAUGG